CACGUGCAAGUUGGUUAUCUCACAAUAAUAUUUGUGUGUUUGGACUUUGGACUCAUCUGACCGUCUCAAACUCUCAGUGUCGGCUCCUCUCUCUUUCAGUCUUUCAAUCUUGCAGUAUCGUCAAUAAGUCGAUCGAUCUAGCGGUAGGUUGAAGGUCAGGAGAUGGUGAGUGAAUUUGGGGAAUCAACAAGCUUUCCAUCACAAACCGCACCUUACUCAGGAAACACUGCCAAUGAUCCUGGUGAUUUUGAAUGCAAUAUCUGCUUCGAAUUGGCGCAGGAUCCAAUUGUGACCCUUUGCGGUCACCUCUAUUGUUGGCCAUGUUUAUACAGAUGGCUACAUCAUCACUCGCAUUCCCAAGAGUGUCCGGUCUGUAAGGCGCUAGUACAAGAGGAAAAAUUGGUGCCUCUGUAUGGCCGGGGGAAAACUCAGACUGACCCGCGAUCAAAAUCUUAUCCUGGCAUUAACAUUUUUAAUCGCCCGGCUGAACAAAGGCCAGAAACAGCUCCUCCCCCGGAAACAAAUCAGUUACCUAAUCAUGGUUUUGGAUUGAUGGGGGGUUUUGUUCCAAUGAUUGGUAACUUCACUCUUGCCACUGCUUUCGGGGGUCUCUCGCUCUUUCCGUCUUUAUUCAAUUUCCAGUUUCAGGGGUUCUCGGAUGCGACUGUGUAUGGAACAACUUCAGGUUUUCCUUAUGGAUUUAACACCUUCCAUGGUGGCCAUUUGCAUGGAUAUCCUCAGCCAACAAGUAGAGGGCAGCAGGUGGAUACAGUUUUGAAGAAUCUUCUUCUCUUGAUUGGUUUCUUAGCGAUUCUUGCUCUCCUUUGCUGGUAAAUGGGACGUGAAUCAGGAUGCCAUUUCAAUUUAAAGUUUUACUUAUGCUCUAAUAGAAUCUGUUGUCUACUUUUUAGUUCUCUGUUUGUGUCUUUAAAUACAAUUACCUCUUUGGUGGCAUAGUCUGAUGUAUUGAGAGAGUUGUUCAUACA